AUGCACGAGCAGUCACUAUUCGCCUCGGUCCCUGUCCAUCAACAUCAUGAGCUUCUUCAGCAGCUCGCCGGGCUGACUGCCAUGCAGCCCCGCCACUGCCUGGAGCGCCGGAUGAUCUUCAAGGCCUUCCGGAAACCAGGGUUGGCGGGGCGCACCGGAGCCAGUCAGGAUCUCCAACAGGGCGACCUGCAACGCCUGAACAAAAUGCUGAAUGGCAACAUGUACUACACACAAGUCGUCGGCCCAGUCACCGAAGCGGACUUUGCAUCGUCCGACUCCGGCGCCGACGCCGACGCCGACGCUCAGAUGAUCGGCUCCCAGCCUAUCUACGACUACGCGCGACAAUCGUGGAAUCUGGAAUUUCGCGAUAUUCCCGAAGCCGGUACCAGAUCGGCCGUCACCUCGCGGCUGAUGUCAAGUGCUACUCUGCCGUGCGGGGAUAUCAUGCCACAGAUGUUUGCGUGGGGAUAUCAUUUCACUUCCGAGUAUGUUGUGGAAGGUGAUAUGUUCGUUCACAAUGACAUUGCGAUCUUUUUGCAUCGUGUGUUGAACUACCCGGAUGAAUCUAACGAGCCCCGGCAAACCCUGCCUGCGUUCAAGGAUAUGGUCCUUCUGGAGAAGAGUGGGAGCUAUGUUCUGCAGGCUUUCAUUACUGUUCAGGACGGUAGUAACCAGGAGACCAUGAAGACUGCCUCUCAGCAUCUGUUUGGACUGCGCGAGCAGUUGAAGUCCGCUGUUCGUUUGGAGCAGGCUGAUCGAUUGUCACUCGACACGAGGGCGAAGUAG